AUGGGCACCUGCAGUGUCUGCUGCACUCGGUCCAAUUUAUCCAUUUACUUCUCCACUCUCGAACGCCUCCGACUUACACAACAUCCCAACAUUACUCUCGACUCUUCACAAGCGACCAACAACUUUUACGACUUUUCCUCUGCUCCCCUCCGACUUCGAAGAGCCCGCCGUGCCCGAGGAGGAUCCGACUUUACCACUACACUCCCGCCACUUGCACCUACACCUCGAUUCCGCACGUUGUCAGUCGAUACGACCUCGCAGCAUCGUUCGAGCGAGUCACAAACUGCCUUUUUGGCAGACAAGGCUAAGACAGCAGAUAGGAAGCUCCUGAGUGUCAUUCCAGACACCGUCGAUGCUGGCAGCUUAGAGACCGAAACACCGAGUGCACCGGUGGCCACGGCCCACACCCAGGAACGGGACAACAUCGAACACAGCGGCCUGAAUAGCCCCGACAGCCCAGAACCUCUGUCCGCACAAAUUCAUCCCCAUCUCCACGAGAAAUUGCCGCCAGCCGACAUGAUGGCCGGUCACAACAGCAUGGUGCCGGACUCGUUUUACGAGAGCUUCCGGUGCCUCGAGGAGACCAGCAACCUUGAUCUCCAACUAAGGCUAGACAAUUACCCUACAAGCAAUACCCGCCCCAAUUCACCACCCCAGAAACAGAGGAAUCCGUCCUUCCGCAGGCACCUUUCCAUCUCCAAAGUUCAUCUAGGACUCUCGUCCCAACCCUCCUCCAGCCGGCCUGGUACGAAGGACACUUCAGCCACAUCUACCACAUCGCCUCCUCCGUCAAUAGCUAGCUUUGGCAUGCCCAUGAGUCCGACUCACGGACGGCGGAGAUCUAGGGCACUGUCUCUACGCUCGCCGGGACCUAGCAUCGCCGAGAACGUGUCCGGCCCGAUCCCCGUCCCCGUCCCCUCCGGUCUAGAUUCAACCGCUGCCGCUCAUUAUCAAGACCCCGAGGCGCGGCUAAAGCUUCGAGUAUACCUCGCAAGCCCCCAGAAAUUCGAUGAGGCCGUGGAAUUCGGAUUUCCCUCGACGGAGUUGCGACCGGGCCGACGAGCACCCGAAGUACGCCCUCUUAGGAAACAGCAGUCGUGCUUUGUCUUAGCUGAUGAUACCGACAAGGUCCAUACGUUCCUAUCCGACGACAAGUCUUCAGUCUACAGCGACGAUGUGUCCAUGGCCGAGCCCGAUUCUCCCAAGACCCCAGAGCCCCUUGAGAAGCCCCCAGCUACACGAUCCUACAGAGCUGCAUCGGACGCCGGCCUGGUGGCCAAGAUGGCCAGCGAUUAUAACCAGGCAGCGGCAUCCGCCAGGGAGAUGACGCUACGGAUGACCCUUACGAGGCCGGACCUCCGGGCGGGAGAGGAUCAAAUCUAUGGAUGGCAACAAAAGCAUGUGACCUCGGGUGGUCGCAAGUCUCAGUCGUCUGCGCUUCGAGAGGAAUUAUCUCCGACGGUUGUUUACAUUAGGGAAGGCAAUUCCAAAGACAGCAUUGAGAGGCAAUUUGCUGCUUUCGACCAGUGGGCUCCGCCGGAGCGCGGUGUUGUGAAGCGAUUCUGGAACCGAGUCAGGCGGCAGUAA